AUGGCAGAUAAGCAGGACAUGGGGCAAAUCACCAGCUUCAAUAAGGCCAAGCUGAAGAAGACGGAGGCACAGGAGAAGAACACCCUGCUGACCAAAGAGACCAUCGAGCAGGAGAAGCAAGCAAAGUGA